AUGGAGGGCUCAGGAGUAGUCGUAGCUGUUGGAUCAGCUGUCAACAACUUCAAAAUCAACGAUGAAGUAUACGGCGUGGAAUAUGAGAAGCCCCUGUUCAGCAGACCGCCUGCAAAAUGGUGUUCAGACUACGUCGUCACAGAAGCCAAGUUUCUGCACAAGAAACCUGAGCAUACUUCCUUUGAAGAAGCUGCUUCUCUGCCAGCAUUAACGGUUGUUGCGUACCAAACCAUCAGAAAUGGAUUGCAACUUGGAGGACGGGAUGAUCUUGUGGGACAGACGGUGUACAUACCAGCUGCUCUCAGUGGAACUGGCUCGUUAAUGAUCCAAGUUGCCAAGAAUUAUUUCGGCGCCGAAAAGAUCAUCUCGACUGUUUCAACAGGAAAGUUGAGCCUCGUUGAGGAGUAUCUUCCUGGAUUGGUUGAUAACCUCUACGAUUACAAAACUCAAAACGUAGUCGAACUGGUAGGCCGAGGCACCGUUGACUUUGCAGUCAGCACGCAAUUCAGCACACUAGACGACUGCAUAGCUCUCCUCAAGCCCGAAACAGGUCUUCUCGCUAGCAUCGCAAGCGUGCCUAAGAGCGAAGUGAUGCUCAAGAUGAUGGGUCCUAAAGUCUUUCCAACAUGGCUUGGAUGGAUUCUCGACACGUUUCAAUGGUGGUAUACGUGGAAGUUACGCGGUACAAACAUAAAGUAUGAGUUCUUUUCGGGAAAUCCGGGUAUUGUAGAGGAUAUGACUGUUGUGGAAGAUAUGAUCAAGCAGGGAAAGGUAAAGGGGAUUUGCACUAUUGUUGAUUUUGACAACUUGGAGGAUAUCAAGAAAGCUUGUGACAAAGUUUACAAGAUUAAGGGGGGUCCGGGAAAGUUGGUGAUUCGGAUGUAA